AUGAAAAAGCUCAUGAGCCACAACUCAAAGGAGUCCAACAUCAUUGAGUUCAAAGGAGAUGUCUUCAUAGAAAACAAGCGGCUCCUGGUGUUUGAAAAACUGGACAUCACCCUGCAGGACUAUGUGCAGAAUCUACCACAGCCAAUGCGACUGGAACACAUCCACCCUGAAAACAAAAUUAACCUGACAGGCUUGGCUGAUGAGGACAGUGACCAGAAGAGCAGUGAAUAUGAGGACUGUGAGGAUAGUAGCAAUUAUAAAGACGCCGACUACAAUGAGGACAGUGACGUGGAAGAGGAGAAAUACAGAGAAAACAUCAAGGCUGAGGAGGAAAAGGAUCCUGUCAACAAGGAGAUCAAUGAGUAUGAGGACAGUGACCUGAAGAGCAGCGAGUAUGAGGACUGUGAAGAUAGUAGCGAUUAUAAAGACGCUGACUACAAUGAGGACAGUGACAAUGCUGACACUGUUGAACACACUGAGGACAGCAAGGAUAGUAAUGAUGAUAAAGACACUGAGGUCAGCGAGAAGGAGCAGAGGAAGACAAAGAAGAAGAAGAAGAACUGCUUCCAACGCGCCUUCUCUUGGAUAAAGAAGACGUUCUGCUGUUGCUGUGUGUCCGAUGUGAUGGACUGA